CCCGUGUGAGAACUCCGCUGGCGUGAAAGAUGACGUCCUUGGCCCAGCAGCUCCAACGACUCGCCCUCCCUCAAAGCGAUCCCAGCCUCUUAUCUAGAGAUGAAGUUGCCUCUUUGUUGUUUGACCCCAAGGAAGCGGCCACUCUCGACAGGGACACCGCCUUUGCCCUUGGAUGCACUGGCUUAGAAGAACUGCUUGGAAUUGAUCCUUCCUUUGAGCGUUUUGAAGCACCAUUGUUUAGCCAGCUAGCAAAAACCCUGGAGCGCAGCGUUCAGACCAAAGCAGUGAACAAACAGUUGGAUGAAAACAUUUCAUUAUUCCUUAUUCACUUGUCCCCUUAUUUCCUGCUUAAGCCAGCACAGAAAUGUUUGGAGUGGCUGAUUCGCAGGUUCCAUAUCCAUCUUUAUAAUCAAGACAGCCUCAUUGCUUGUGUUCUGCCAUACCAUGAGACAAGAAUAUUUGUGCGGGUUAUACAGCUUCUGAAAAUUAACAAUUCAAAGCACAAAUGGUUCUGGUUGUUGCCAGUUAAGCAAUCUGGAGUGCCCUUAGCCAAAGGAACUUUGAUUACCCACUGCUAUAAAGAUCUUGGAUUUAUGGAUUUCAUUUGUAGUCUGGUGACAAAAUCUGUGAAGGUUUUUGCUGAGUACCCAGGCAGCUCAGCUCAGUUGAGGGUGCUCUUGGCUUUCUAUGCUUCCACCAUUGUGUCUGCAUUAGUAGCUGCUGAGGACUUAUCAGACAAUAUCGUCGCCAAACUGUUUCCAUAUAUCCAAAAGGGAUUGAAAUCAUCUUUACCAGAUUACAGAGCCGCAACGUACAUGAUAAUAUGUCAGAUUUCUGUGAAAGUGACAAUGGAAGAUACCUUUGUGAAUUCACUGGCAUCACAGAUCAUCAGAACAUUGACCAAGAUUCCCUCUAUGGUCAAGGAUGGAUUAGGUUGCUUGAUAGUGCUCCUGCAGAGACAGAAGCCAGAGAGCCUUGGGAAAAAGCCAUUCCCUCACUUGUGCAAUGUUCCUGAGCUUAUCGCAAUGCUCCAGGGGAUUUCUGAAGCUCACGAUAUCAGUCGUCUCCUGCGUUACAUGCUUCCCCAUCUGGUUGCCGCCAUCAUUCAUCAUGUUACAGGAGAAGAAACUGAAGGAGCGGAUGGUGAAAUCUACAAGAGACAUUUAGAAGCUAUACUUACAAAAAUAUCACUAAAGAACAACUUAGACCAUUUGUUGGCUAGCCUUCUUUUUGAAGAGUAUAUUUCAUAUAGUUCACAGGAAGAAAUCAAUCCUAAUAAAGUAUCUUUGCUGAAUGAGCAACUGCUUCCAUUCAUUAGACUUUUAGAAAGCAAAUACCCCAGAACUUUAGAUGUUGUAUUGGAGGAACGCCUAAAGGAAAUUGCAGAUCUGAAAAAACAAGAGCUUUUUCACCAAUUUAUUUCUCUUUCUACAAGUGGAGGAAAGUAUCAGUUUUUAGCAGAUUCUGAUGCUUCUUUGAUGCUCAGUCUGAAUCAUCCACUUGCUCCUGUGAGACUUCUGGCCAUUAAUCAUUUGAAGAAUAUCAUGAAAACAUCAAAGGAGGGCAUUGAUGAGUCUUUCAUAAAAGAAGCUGUUUUAGCCAGAUUGGGUGAUGACAACAUAGACGUCGUUCUGUCGGCUCUCCGUGCUUUUGAGAUUUUCAAGCAACACUUUAGUUCAGAAGAGACUGUUUCAAAGUUUGUGAAUCUCUUUCGAAGAGCAGAACUUUCCAAAAAUAGAGAAUGGUACAAGGUUCUUGAGAUAGCAGCAGAUGUAUUAGUUAAAGAAGAGCUACUGAGUGAAAAUGAUCACUUGUUAAAUCAGGUGGUUGUACAUUUGCUGCCGUUUAUGAUUAUCAGCAACAACGAUAUGGAAUCUGCUGAGAUGAAAAUUGCUAUAUAUUUAUCAAAAUCAGGAAUUUGCUCUCAGCACCCUCUAUUAAGAGGCUGGGAAGAAGUUCUUGAAAAUGUGAUUAAAGGCACAAAGUCAGGAGAACUCAUUGGUGUAGCAAAUCAGAAGAUGAUUCAGUUGUUGGCUGACAAUAUAAAUUCGGGAGAACCUUCUUCAAUGUUAAAAAUGGUGGAGGAUUUAAUAACCGUUGGUGAAAAGGAGUCCAUUAACCUGAAACAGAAAGUGACAUUUCACGUGAUCAUGUCUGUGCUUGUCUCUUGCUGUUCAUCUUUAAAAGAAACUCACUUUCCAUUUGCCAUGAGAGUCUUUAGUUUGUUGCAGAAAAAGAUAAAGAAGCUCGAAACUAUCAUUACAGCAGUGGAAAUUCCCUCAGAGUGGCACAUUGAGCUGAUGUUAGACAGAGGGAUACCAGUAGAGCUGUGGGCACAUUACAUAGAGCAGCUCAAUAGUGCCCAGAGGAUUGCUGUGGAGGACUCGGUUUUACUUGUCUUUUCCCUGAAAAAUUUUAUUUAUGCACUGAAGGCUCCUACAUCUUUUCCUAAAGGUGAUAUAUGGUGGAAUCCUGAACAACUGAAAGAAGACAGCAGAGACUAUCUGCACUUGCUUAUUGGGCUUUUUGAGAUGAUACUCGGUGGUGCCGAUGCUGUUCAUUUCAGAGUUCUGUUGAAACUUUUCAUAAAGGUACAUCUAGAAGAUAUUUUUCAGUUAUUCAAGUUCUUUUCUGUUUUAUGGACUUAUGGUUCUAGUCUUUCAAAUCCACUUAGCUACAGUGUGAAAGCAGUGCUGCAGACUCAAGCUCUUUAUGUGGGCUAUGCAAUGCUCUCUUCUCAAAAGACACAGUGUAAACACCAGCUGGCAUCCAUGUCUUCUCCAGUGGUGACAUCUUUACUCGUUAAUCUGGGAAGCCCCAUAAAAGAAGUCCGCAGGGCUUCCAUUCAGUGUCUCCAGGCCCUCAGUGGCCUGGCAUCCCCAUUUCAUCUGGUAAUAGAUCAUUUGGUUCCUAAAGCAGAGGAGAUCACCUCAGAUGCCAACUAUGUUGUUCAGGAUUUGGCUACUUUAUUUGAGGAACUACAGAGAGAAAAGAAACUGAAAUCUCAUCAGAAGUUAUCUGAAACUUUGAAAAACCUACUUAAUUGUGUAUAUAGAUGCCCAUCUUAUAUUGCAAAAGAUUUGAUGAAAGUACUUCAGGAAGUCAACAGUGAGAUGGUGCUUUGUCAGCUGUUGCCUAUGAUUGAACAACUACUAGAAAAGGUCCAGAAGGAACCCACAGCUGUCCUGAAAGAUGAAGCCAUUGUUUUACAUUUUACUCUGGGAAAAUAUAAUGAAUAUUCGGCUUCCCUUUUACAUAAGAACCCAAAAAGUCUAGAUAUAUUUAUAAAAGCUGUGCACACAACAAAGGAACUUUACGCAGGAAUGCCAACCAUUCAAAUCACAGCCCUUGAAAAGAUUACAAAACCAUUUUUUGCAGCUGUAUCAGGUGAAAACGUUCAGCAGAAGCUUUUACACAUGUUGUUUGAUUUAUUAGUAAACUGUAAAAACUCACGUUGUGCUCAGACUGUUAGCAGCAUCUUUAAAGGGAUUUCCAUUAAUGCUGAGCAAGUCAGAAUAGAACUGGAGCCACCAGAUAAAGCUAAAUCUUUGGGCACAAUUCAGCAAACAAGAAGACAAAAGAUGCAGGAGAAAAAAUCACAAGAUCUAGAAUCUGUUCAGGAAGUUGGAGGUUCCUACUGGCAAAGAGUAACCCUCAUCCUAGAAUUACUGCAACACAAAAAGAAACUCAAAAGUCCUCAGCUACUGAUGCCAACUCUUUUUAACCUGCUGUCAAGAUCUUUAGAACCUUCGCCAUCAGAGCAGGGAAAUAUGGAAUACACCAAGCAAUUAAUUCUUAGUUGUCUGCUCAGCAUCUGUCAAAAACUCUCUCCAGAUGGUGGCAAAAUAUCCAAAGAUGUUCUGGAUGAGGAGAAGUUCAAUGUGGAAUUGAUAGUUCAGUGUAUUCGCCUUUCAGAGAUGCCUCAAACCCAUCAUCAUGCCCUUUUACUUUUGGGUACUGUUGCUGGAAUAUUUCCGGAUAAAGUGCUACACAAUAUUAUGUCUAUUUUUACAUUUAUGGGAGCCAAUGUCAUGCGCCUAGAUGAUACUUACAGUUUUCAAGUUAUUAAUAAGACUGUGAAAAUGGUUAUUCCAGCACUCAUUCAGUCUGAUAGUGGAGACUCUAUGGAAAUUACAAGAAACGUUGAAGAAAUCGUAGUAAAAAUCAUUAAUGUAUUUGUGGACGCGCUGCCCCACGUUCCAGAGCACAGGCGCCUGCCCAUCCUUGUUCAACUUGUUGACACACUGGGUGCAGAAAAGUUCCUCUGGGUUCUCCUCGUUUUGCUUUUUGAACAGUACGUCACAAAAACAGUGCUGGUGGCUGCCAGUGGAGAGAAGGAUGCUAUUUUAGAGGCAGACACUGAAUUUUGGAUUUCAGUCUGUUGUGAAUUUAGUGUCCAGCAUCAGAUACAAAGUUUGAUGAAUAUCCUCCAGUAUUUAAUAAAGCUGCCGGAGGAAAAAGAAGAAACCAUUCCCAAAACAGUAUCUAAUAUAAGCGAGUCACAAGAAGAGAUGCUGCAGAUUUUUAAUAUAGGCACUCACACCAGCAAACAGCUGCGGCAUUUUAAGUUUUUGUCGGUGUCAUUCAUGUCUCAGCUUCUGGCUUCCAAUAAUUUUCUCAAAAAGGUAGUUGAAAGUGGUGGUCCUCAGGUUUUAAAAGGCCUUGAAGAGAGGUUGCUAGAAACAGUUCUCGGAUAUAUUAAUGCUGUAGCACAGUCCGUGGAAAAAAAUGCAGACAAACUAACUGUGAAGUUUUGGCGAGCACUCCUUAGCAAAGCUUACGACAUGUUAGAUAAGGUCAAUGCCUUGCUGCCCACAGAAACAUUCAUCCCUGUGAUUAGAGGGCUGGUGGGCCAUCCCCUGCCAUCUGUGCGCCGGAAAGCAUUGGAUCUGUUGAACAACAAGCUCCAGCAGAACGCAUCCUGGAGUAAGAAAAUUGUUCACCGUUUCCUAAAACUGGUUCCAGACCUUUUGGCCAUUGUGCAGCGUAAGAAAAAAGAGGGAGAAGAACAAGCAAUAAAUAGACAGACAGCUCUGUAUACCCUAAAGCUUUUGUGCAAGAAUUUUGGUGCAGAAAAUCCAGAGUCUUUUGUCCCAGUGUUGAACACUGCAGUGAAAUUGAUUGUUCCGGAUCGAAAGGAAGAGAAGAAUGUCUUGGGAAGUGCCCUACUUUGCAUAGCAGAAGUGACCUCCACCCUGGAAGCAAUGGCCAUCCCCCAGCUUCCCAGCCUGAUGCCGUCAUUGCUGACAACCCUGAAGAACACCAGUGACCUGGUCUCCAGUGAGGUCUACCUGCUCAGUGCCUUGGCUGCCCUGCAGAAGGUUGUAGAGACUCUCCCACACUUCCUCAGCCCCUACCUAGAAGGUGUUCUGGCCCAGGUGAUCCAUCUGGAGAAAAUCACUAGUGAGAUGGGCUCUGCCUCACAGGGUAAUGUCCGUCUCGUGUCUCUUAAAAAGACACUGGCUACCACACUUGCACCACGAGUCUUACUGCCUGCCAUCAACAAAACUUACAAGCAGAUUGAAAAGAACUGGAAGCAUCACAUGAGUCCAUUUAUGAGUAUCCUGCAAGAGCACAUCGGGGUGCUGAAGAAGGAAGAGCUCGCCUCCCAUCAGUCUCAGCUAACCACAUUUUUUUUGGAGGCCCUGGACUUCCGAGCACAGCACUCUAAGAAUGAUCUGGAGGAAAUUGGAAAAACAGAAAAUUGUAUCAUUGACUGCCUAGUAGCUAUGGUUGUAAAGCUUUCUGAGGUCACAUUCCGACCGCUCUUCUUCAAGCUGUUUGAUUGGGCUAAGGCAGAAGAUGCACCAAAGGACAGAUUGUUGACAUUUUAUAACUUGGCCAGUUGCAUUGCUGAAAAACUCAAAGGGCUUUUUACUCUAUUUGCUGGCCACUUAGUGAAGCCUUUUGCUGACACCUUGAACCAAAUGAACAUCUCCAAAACAGAUGAAGCAUUUUUUGACUCUGAAAAUGACCCUGAAAAGUGCUGCUUGCUGUUGCAGUUCAUUUUGAACUGUUUAUAUAAAAUCUUCCUUUUUGAUACCCAGCAUUUUGUAAGUAAAGAGAGAGCAGAAACCUUGAUGAUGCCGCUGGUGGAUCAGCUGGAAAACAGGCUUGGAGGAGAAGAGAAGUUCCAGGAACGGGUGACGAAGCACCUGAUCCCAUGCAUUGCACAGUUUUCAGUGGCCAUGGCAGACGACUCUCUCUGGAAACCACUGAACUACCAGAUUCUACUCAAGACGAGAGACUCCUCGCCUAAGGUUCGAUUUGCUGCUUUGAUUACUGUGUUAGCACUGGCUGAAAAACUAAAGGAGAAUUAUAUUGUCUUGCUACCAGAAUCCAUUCCUUUCUUAGCAGAAUUGAUGGAAGAUGAAUGUGAAGAAGUAGAGCAUCAGUGCCAAAAGACUAUUCAGCAACUGGAAGUUAUCCUGGGAGAGCCACUGCAGAGCUACUUCUAAAAUUUUUUGUGGUGUUUCAUUCUCUGCUCAGAGUUCAGAUUUUUGUUGUUGUUGUUGUAUUUUUAUUUUUGGGUGCCAUGUUGUUUUUGGCGCCUUAAUACCUACUGGACUUACAAAUACUUAAUAACUUCUUUACAAAAUUCUCACCUGGUUUGUCCUAAGACAAACCUCUCCUGCCAGUUUACAGUUACAAAAAGAGUAAAUGAUACUAGUGUUUUUACACAGACUGCUGUGUUUGUUUAAACGCUUACUGUAGUCUUUCUGAUUGAUGUUAUUAGACAUAUUUAAUUUCAGCACCGAAAACCAGCAUCUCAUUGAGACUGUACAGCCUUCGCUCUUCUGUGGAGCAGUGUCUUCUGUACAUGGCAUCCAUGUUGGAGCUUUCUCUCUACUUCAAGAAAACAGCAGUGACUCAGCACAGAAGCACUUCUGACUCUGAAGCCCUUUGGGUUUUUACUUCACAGUGUGGGUAGAUGACCUUCAGCCUGAAUUGUCUUGUGUGUGCCCUAAAGGGAAGCAGUUCUGGAAUGCAUCUUUUACUCAGAAAUACGAUGGUCUCCUUCAUCCUUUCAUCUUUUUGUAAGGGAAAGGGGUGAGGCGAUAUGCUGCUUGUAAAACAACUCAUGGCUGACUGAUCACACAAAGAGAAAGGGCUCAGGCACACUAGGCGGCAUGAGGGAGCCCCUUCAGGGUUAAAAAUAGUUACAGUUCCAUUGGUGGUUAGCUAAAAAUUACUUGUAUAAGAAAGAAAGUAAAUAUAUGCAGAUUUUUUUCAAUGCUUUGAAGUGUUCUAAUCCCUAGUAUUAUCACAGUGAAACUGGAAAGUGAGGACUCAAAUAAACAAAUCUGCCUUUUAAAAAGGCAUCUAUAAAACUAUCCCAUAGAAUGUUCACAUUGAGUUUGAAAGCCUUUGAUCUAAUUUAAUAUAGAAAUUUGGUGCAGAUUUGUGAUAAGCAAAAGGGCAACUUGCCGUUUAGAAAUACAGCUUGCUAGAAAUGAGUGUUUAAGAACCGUCUCAUUAGAAAUUCGUUAAUAAAUACUACGAGCUCCUUAAACUUUU